UUUUCAGUGGAAGAAAUAUCCAAGGGACUUCUAAAUUGUUGGACUUUAUCCUGCAAAAUGUCUUCUCAGUCUGAAAAGGAUCUCUCCUGUCCCGUCUGCCACGACAUCUUCAAAGAUCCUGUCAUCCUGUCAUGCAGCCACAGCUUCUGUAAAGACUGUCUGCAGCUGUGGUGGAGAGACAAACAAAUAAAAUCCUGCCCAAUAUGCAAGACGAUUCCUUUACUGAAUGAUCCUCCCCGUAACUUGGUGUUAAAGAACCUGUGUGAGGCCUUCAUAAUUAAGAAAGCUCUAAAAGCUUCUAAAAAGUCUGAGCCUCUCUGCAGUCUGCACUCUGAGAAAUUCAAACUCUUCUGUUUGGAUCAUCAGCAGCCGGUGUGUGUUGUCUGUCGAGAUUCAAUAGCACACAAAAACCACAGAUUCAGACCUAUUGAUGAAGCUGCACACGGUCACAGAAAAGAGCUAAAGGAAUUGCUGGCACCCUUAAAGGUAUUAAAGAUGAACACUGAAUACACUAAAAGAGAGUUUGACCAAAUAGCAGAAAGCAUUAAGGUCCAGGCCCAGCAGACAGAAGAGCAAAUUCAUGAGGAGUUUAAAAAGCUUCGUCAAUUUCUACAAAAGGAAGAAAACACCAGGAUCACUGCUCUGAAGACAGAAGAGAAACAGAAGAGUCAGAUGAUGAAGGAGAAGACUGAGAAUCUGAACAGAAAAAUGGAAACUCUUUCAGAAACAAUCAGAGCCACAGAGGAGCAACUGAGAGCUGAAGACGUCGUGUUUCUCCAGAGCUACAAGGCUGCAGUGAUCAGAGUCAAGCAGCGCCCCCUGAUGGAGGAUCCACAGCUGGUCUCAGGAGCUCUGAUAGAUGUGGCCAAACACCUGGGCAACCUGACCUACAACAUCUGGAAUAAGAUGAAGAAGAAGAUGGUCUCCUACACUCCUGUGAUUCUGGAUCCAAACACAGCUCAUCCACAACUCAUCCUAUCUGACGAUCUGACCAGUGUGACAUUUGGAGGGAGACAGAAGGUUCCUGAUAAUCCAGAGAGGUUUGACUAUUGUAAAGUUGUCCUGGGCUCUGAGGGCUUCGACUCAGGGACUCACAUUUGGGAUGUUGAGGUUGGAGAAGAGGGAUUUUGGGCCUUUGGUGUUGUAAAUGAGUCUUUUGAGAGAAAGACACAAGCACCAUCAGGUGUCUGGCAAUUAAGUCUCAAGGAUGAAAAGUACAUAGUAGCAACAACACCAGAUACAUAUAAAUACUUGCCAGUAAAGAAGCUGCAGAGGGUCAGAGUUCAGCUGGAGUGUGACAGAGGGAAGCUCUCAUUGUUUGAUCUGGAUACCAACACACUCAUACACACCUUCAAACACAAUUUCACUGAGAAGCUGUUUCCUUAUCUUGAGACUAAGAAAAAACCACUGAAGAUAUUACCAGUGAUCUUGAAAGUGGACGAGCAUAUAACUCCUCAAUCAACAGGUUUUUGA